AUGGCUUUGAAUCCCAAUUCCUCUGCUUUAUACCUCCAAGCACCUGCAGCUACGGCCGGGAGUAGUGGCCCCCGUCCAGUGACGACUGUUACACUCCACCCAGUCGCUCUAUUCUCAAUCCUCGAUCAUUUCCUCCGCAGGAACGAGUCUCAAGAGAGAGUUAUUGGCACUCUUCUUGGGAUUCGAACAGAAACUGAAAUCGAAGUAAAGAGCAGCUUUGCCGUGGUACACAAUGAGACGGACGAGCAGGUAGCAUUGGACAUGGACUACCACCGAACCAUGUACGAUUUGCACCAGAAAGUCAAUCCCAAGGAAGUCAUCGUUGGAUGGUAUUCAACCGGAACAGACUUGAACACCUAUUCCGCUCUUAUUCAAAACUUCUAUUCUCAAGAAACUGCACCAUACCAAGCGGUACACGUCGUUCUAGAUACCGGUGUACGUGAGGGCAUAAACCAGGGUGUGAAGGCAUAUGUCAGCUCCCCCGUUGGUGUCCACCCCAAGCCUGAGAAUGCUGUGUUCCUUCCAGUACCCUGUGAAUUGCGUCUUCAAGAAGCUGAGCUUAGCGGUUUGGAUUUAUUGAAUGUUGCCGCAAAGGGAACUAAAUAUACCGCUUCACCCGGAGCAGAACUGGAGGUUUUAGAGCAAGCCAUUGCGAGCAUCAGUGAUAUGAUCGAACGAGUGCUUGUGUAUGUUAGACAGGUUAUCAAUGGAGAAACCGAGGGCGAUCCAUCUGUGGGGCGUUAUCUACUAGAUACUUUGAAAGCUAGCAGCACUUCCCUCGACAAGGAGAAGAUUGAAACAUUGUUCAAUUCACAGCUACAGGAUACCCUUACCAUCUCUUACUUGGCCAAUAUUGUUCGUUCCGAAGUCGAGGUUUCGUCUCGCAUGGCUCUUGUCACAUAA